AUGGGCUAUGCCCUGGAGCGCUUUGCCGAAACCGUGGACUCGGAUUUAGAGUGCAAGCUGUGCGGUCAGGUGCUGGAGGAGCCCCUGUGCACGCCCUGCGGGCACGUCUUCUGCGCCAGCUGCCUGCUGCCCUGGGCGGCGCGGUGGCGCCGGUGCCCGCUGCAGUGCCAGCCUGUGGCGCCCAACGAGCUGCACCGGGUGCUGCCGCUGCGCAGCCUCAUCCAGAAGCUGCGCAUCCAGUGCGACUACCGAGUCCGCGGCUGUGGCCUCACGGUUCGGCUGCACGAGCUGGCGGCGCACGUCGAGCGCUGCGACUACGGCCCGGACAGCCGCCGCCGCCGCUCGGGCUGGGGCCCGCCGGGAGGCCGCCGAGGGAGCGGGCGGGGGCCCGAACCGCGGGUCCUGGUCUGGAGGCGGCGCGAGAAGGCGCUGCUGGCGCAGCUCUGGGCGCUGCAGGGCGAGGUGCAGCUCACAGCCCGCAGGUACCAGGAGAAGUUCCUGCAGUACAUGGCUCACGUCGGCAGCUUCGGCAGGGACCCGGGCGGCGGCCACGGUCCGGGUGAAGAACAUAAGCUUUUCACCAUUGUGUUAGAAAGAGAAGAUGACACAUUGGGAUUCAAUAUUAUAGGAGGUCGACCCAAUCAGAAUAAUCAGGAGGAAACAUCAACUGAAGGAAUUUAUGUUUCAAAAAUUUUGGAAAAUGGACCUGCUGACAGAGCAGAUGGCCUGGAGAUUCAUGACAGAGUUAUUGAGGUCAAUGGGAAGGAUCUUUCAAUGGCCACCCAUGAGGAGGCAGUGGAAGCUUUUCGAAAUGCCAAGGAGCCCAUUGUGGUUCAGGUACUAAGGCGAACGCCACUCAGUAAACCUGUCUAUGGAACAACCCCAGAAGUGCAGCUUAUGAAUGCCAGCACUCAGACCGACAUCACCUUUGAACACAUCAUGGCCCUGGCCAAGCUCAGGCCUCCUACCCCUCCAGUGCCGGAUGUCUGCCCGUUCCUGCUCUCAGACAGCUGCCAUUCUCUUCAUCCGAUGGAGCAUGAAUUGUAUGAGGACAAUGAGUAUCUUUCCAGCUUGCCUGCUGAUGCAGACAGAACGGAGGACUUUGAAUAUGAGGAGGUCGAGUUGUGCCGUGUUAGCAGUCAAGAGAAGCUAGGCCUGACAGUCUGUUACCGAACGGAUGAUGAAGAAGACACCGGCAUUUAUGUCAGUGAGGUGGAUCCAAAUAGCAUUGCUGCCAAAGAUGGCCGGAUUCGAGAAGGGGACCGCAUUUUGCAAAUAAAUGGUGAAGAUGUCCAAAAUCGAGAAGAAGCCGUGGCAUUGCUCUCUAGCGAUGAGUGCAAGAGAAUCGUGCUGCUUGUCGCAAGGCCAGAGAUUCAGCUGGAUGAAGCCUGGCUGGAAGAUGAAAGGAAUGAAUUCUUAGAGGAGUUAAACUUGGAGAUGUUGGAAGAACAGCAUAAUGAAGCAAUGCAGCACACUGCCAAUGAGGUGGAGCAGCCAAAAAAGCAAGAAGAAGAAGAAGGUACAACUGAUACGGCAACAUCCUCAUCCAACCACCAUGAGAAGGAUAGUGGGGUGGGGCGCACAGAUGAGAGCUUACGAAACGAUGAGAGCUCAGAGCAGGAGAAUGCACCUGAGGACCCCAACAGUGCUUCUUUGAAGAGCAAGAGAGAGCUGGGCCAGAGCCAAGACACUCUAGGAAGCAUUGAACUUCAGUGCAACGAGAGUUUCAUGUCUGGUGAAUACAUUGAUUCAGACUGCGUUGGAAACCAAGAUGAGGAAUGUGAAAGAUUCCGGCAACUCUUGGAGCUCAAAUGCAAGAUUCGAAACCAUGGAGAGUAUGAUCUGUAUUAUUCGAGCAGCACAAUUGAAUGCAAUCAAGGGGAGCAAGAUGGAGUGGAGCAUGAGCUACAGUUACUUAAUGAAGAGCUAAGAAACAUUGAACUUGAGUGCCAGAAUAUCAUGCAGGCUCACAGGCUUCAGAAAGUGACAGACCAAUAUGGAGACAUCUGGGCAUUGCAUGAUGUAGGAUUCCGAAAUUAUAAUACCAGCAUAGAUAUGCAAAGAGGAAAAUUAGAUGAUAUCAUUGAACACCCAGAAAAGUCUGACAAAGACAGUUCCAGUGCUUACAACACAGCUGAAAGCUGCAGAAGUACUCCACUGACUGUGGAUCGCUCCCCUGAUAGCUCCCUUCCCAGAAUGAUCCACCUUACCAAUAAGAAAAAUCUGAGAAGCACAGCUGCAGCCAGUCAAUCCUCAUUGGGACAGAGCAGUAAAGAGUCAACCUCCACCAAAGCCAAAAUAACUGAACAAGGAUGUAGCACUGGAGGCAAAGAGAAGGUUUUGGAAAGCAGCAAGCUUCCUGAACAAGAAAAGACAGUCGCUGAACACAUCCCUUACCUCUCUCCUUACCACAGCUCCUCAUACAGAUAUGCAAAUAUCCCAGCACAUGCCCGGCAUUAUCAAAGCUACAUGCAAUUAAUUCAACAGAAGUCUGCAGUGGAGUAUGCGCAGAGUCAGCUCAGUUUGGUGAGUAUGUGCAAGGAGUCUCAAAAGUGUUCAGAGCCCAAGAUGGAAUGGAAGGUGAAAAUUAGGAGUGAUGGGACACGGUACAUAACAAAGAGACCUGUACGAGACCGAAUUCUGAAGGAACGUGCCUUAAAGAUCAAGGAGGAGAGGAGUGGCAUGACUACAGAUGAUGACACCAUGAGUGAGAUGAAAAUGGGGCGCUACUGGAGCAAAGAGGAGAGAAAGCAACACCUUGUCCGGGCCAAAGAGCAGCGUCGGCGCCGAGAGUUCAUGAUGCGGAGCCGCUUGGAGUGUCUCAAGGAGAGUCCUCAGAGUGGCAGUGAGGGCAAGAAGGAGAUCAACAUUAUUGAACUAAGUCACAAAAAGAUGAUGAAAAAAAGAAACAAGAAAAUUUUGGACAACUGGAUGACAAUCCAAGAACUGAUGACCCACGGGGCCAAGUCUCCUGAUGGCACAAGAGUUCACAAUGCCUUUCUGUCAGUCACAACUGUAUGA